CGGGCGGCUCCGUAAGGGCGCGGGGCGGUGGAGUGCAGUGCGGGGAUUUCCAUCCCUUUUUCCCCGCAGGGUUCGGGCCGGCGGAGCAGCAGCGGUAGCAGCAGCAGCAGCAGCAGCAGCUCAGGGCAGUGAGUGAGAAGCGUUCUCGGGAUCUGCGCUGGGUGCGGUCCGGCCGUCCUCAGCCCUCGGGAGGAGGCGUUCGAGGCGGAAAGCAUUUCAUGCGACAGAAGAGAGGUGGUCGGUCUUGUUUAAAUGUUGAGGAAGAACUGAAGUGAAGGAGGAUCCAUUCACAUUGGUUCUGCUCAAACACCGUGCUACUUUUGCACUGUGAGCAUAGAUAUGCAGUGUGUCAGUUCCAAAUGAUGUGGGUCUCUUGGUCUGGCACACCUAGUCCAGAUGUAAACUAACUGGAGCUGCCAACAAUACUGACCACAUUGCCUUUCCCUUCCAGCAGUGGAGAAGGACUUCAGGUCUCAUGAUGAUAGUUCCCUUGAGAGGCAGCCAGCUUCUGCAGAAAACUUGUUCCAGCACUGAGCGCUGCAGAUACCUGAAGUCUGAAAAGAGAAGGAAAAAAGCCAAUUUCUCACUGUCUAGCCAAGUUUGUUUAUGAGAUUGGAAAUAACUGUGAUCUCAAGCAUCCGUCUGCAUGCAGAGGGUUUUCACAGCAGAUAUUCAGCUUUGGUAAAAGGAUUUGCAGAUUUGCAUGGGGUAAAAAUGGAGGCAGAAAUAAACUUCUGAAACUGAGCCUCAGUCCAGAAGUGAUGGCUUCCCAGCUGCAUGCAUAUGCUUUCAAUAUCUCUGCAGUAGAGAAUAGGAGUCUGUGUAUAAAUGGCACACCGUGGAUUUGGCAUCUUCUGGAAGAAUGUGUGGAGAAUGCAUGGGAGUACUGCAGCGUUGUCGUAGGACUGACUUCCAUUGUCUGCUUUCUGUUUGCUGCACUACCUCAAAUUCACGUUGCCUGUCGGGAUGGAAAGGUGGACCAAGCGCUGUCUUUGGGCUUUCUGCUGUGUUGGAUGGCUGGAGAUGUCACAAAUCUGAUAGGCUGCUAUUUAACAAAUCAACUGCCAAUUCAGACUAUCACUGCCAUCUCCUACGUUAACAUGGAUAUCAUUUUGAUUUCACAAUUUGCCUAUUGCAAGCUCAAGAAUUGGAAGAUGAUGAAAGGCAGCAGAAGGCUGAAGAAUUUCUGUAUAACCUGGAUCUUGAUGUGCAUAACCCUGUGUGUUGUUUUACCCUGCCAGCUGUUUAUCAGAAAGCAAGACCAGAGCUCAGCAAUGGAAAGAAGUAUUAACUCUCUCGAUAUGAUUGAAAUGUCAGGCUUCGUUUGUGGCUAUAUAUCCUGUGUGUUUUACUUGGGAAGUAGAUUUCCUCAGCUGUAUAAAAACUUUCAGAGAAAGUCAACAGAAGGCACCUCUUACCUGCUGUUUGCAUUGGCCAUGCUGGGAAACUGCACGUAUGGCCUCAGCCUUGUCCUAAAGAUGCCUGCUGCUGGAUCUGUCCGGGCCCUCUACUUUUUACACCAUCUUCCAUGGCUCCUUGGGAGCUUUGGAGUUUUGUUCCUGGAUGUUUUUGUAUGAAAUGGGAUAGAAUGAAGAGUAAUUUCAAGACCAUGCGGUGCUAAAGGACGCUGUGUUAAUCCGUUCCAUGCUCAAAGGAAGUUCUUCACCAGAUUGACUUGGAGCAGUUCAAGAAGUUAGGAUUCCCAGGCGCUGAGGUUGUUUUUCCUGAUUAAAGUAAUUUCAUAAGCCACUCCAAUUAGCCUAAUGAUGGACAGCUGACCCUUUGGGUGGACUCUGAAUUCAUGCUGUCAUUCAGAACAGCCAUCUGUGCUUCUUGCAUCUACAGCCACAAUGGUUUAAGUGGGCAGUUCAAACAGUAAAAACGUUUGCAUUGUGGGAGCACAAUGCUUGUGUGACUAAAUGGUGGUUAGCAGCCUGUUUUGAGAUGUUUUUUUAGUUUUCUCUGUAGAGACAAUACAGACAAUAGGGGUUCAGGGCUGCUUGUUAGCCCAGGUGGCUGCUCUGAGUGCUCAGACCUUUUGUUCCAUACAUGAGGUAGUUACUUUUUCUCCCUCCCUACCCCCAGAUGGAAGCACAAAACUGUCUGUGUUUAUUUACCAAAAUAAAAAAAUUAAUAAUAAUAAUAGAAUUGGAUCUGGACAACCCUUACAGUACAUGAUGUGCAUAUUUGGAGAUGCUUUUCUGUGACGUACUCUGAAAAGAAACUUUUAUGUGGGCCACAAACCUCCCCCAUCUCUGAGCCCAGCCUGCAACUGCAGUGCCAGUGUGCACAUGACAUUCAUUUCUCAGUUCUGUCUUGAUUGGAGGCUGAAUCCAAUCUUGCUAAUAGCCUUCCAGUUCAGAUUGUAUUGAAAGCAGAUGCUUCCAAAUCAGGUUGAGGAGCUUAUAGAAAUCUGGUCGUGUAUGUAGUGUUAGUUCAAAAUGUAUGAAGUGUUUGUAAUCAAGAGAAAACAAGAGCAGACCUCCAGCUUUGAGAACUCCCUGAGGUAUGGAAGUAAAUGCUUUUUAAAGAAGAGAGCUUCGUUACUGUCUCUUGCCAAACGAGAAAAUCAAAAUUCCAACAGAAUGCUGUGUCGUGUUGGACCAGAAAAGAAAGACCAGGGAUGCUUGGCUUUUGGGAAGCAGAGGGAUUAAGUGAAAAGGUUGUAAUUUCUACAAGAGAGGUGUUUCAUAAUUGACCAUUUGUGUGGCAGUCUCUGUUUUGAGAAGUAGUUCCUGACACUGUCCAAUUCUAGUGGGGUUUAUUCUCACAGUGUGCAGAGUUUCAUUAGGUGGAGAGCAAGGCCUCAUUUCUCAAGGUCCAGGGGAGGAUUAAGGGUUCACUUACUCUGUGUCUGCUGCAGUGUUCGUUCUUCUGCUUCCAUCUGACGUGGCCAGGGUUGACUAUUUUUAGGAAGAAAUGGACUCCUGAUGGCAGCAGGAGCAGUGUUGGUUAGCACAGGAUUACACUGGGUUGUGUCAGCUUGCUUAACAGGAUAACGUGGUCAUCCUUUUUCCUCGGUAUCCCAACUUAGAUUCGUUGAGUUGCACAAUAAGCCAGUUAUUUUCAGUGAAUAAUGCGAAUGUCCAAUUGUUUGUGAAGUAUGAAUUGUCCUCUUUUUUUUUAUUUUUAUAAUUUUAAAAGGAGUUUCGUAACAGGGGGAAUUUGAAUUAUAAAUCGGACGUGAUUUCCUGUUCCAGUGAUUGUCUCCUUCCAACUGCUGCUUUGUACUGGAAGUUGAUUGGAGUUUCUCAAGAGGCCACAAAGCCCAGGGUGUAAAUGUGUGCUUAUUAAUGGGUGCCUUGUCUGUAAGAGACACUGGGUGCAUGGGUGCCUGUCUUAGGGUCUGUGCUGGACCUUAUCAGAGCUCUUUAGGUGCAUGAGUGCUUAAUGGUCUGUUUGUAUGCAAGGACUGAGUCCAACAUAUCCUAAAAUCACAGAAUGGCCUGGUUUGAAAAGGACCACAAUGAUCAUCAAGUUCCAACCCCCCUGCUAUGUGCAGG